GCCGGCUCCGGGACCGGGGCCGGGGGAGGGCAGCGCCCGCCCGCCCCAAACGGGGACAGCGCCGGGAGCCGCUGUGGGAUCGGGGCCGGCCGCACCGAGGCACCAUGCGGGCACCGCUGCUGCUGCUCCUGCUGCUGCUGCACGGUGUCAGCUCUGACGAUGAUGGUACCGUUGCAAAGUCAACCACGGCGAGCCCAGGAGAAGCUAAGCAGAUCACCACCACUAUAGCCACCAGCAACGUUCAAGGGAGCUCCCCCACGAGCAAGCCGGGCAGCCAACCUCCCAACCCUGGGACGUCGCCCCCCACAACUCCAGGGGCAGCCCCCACAAGCAAACCGGGAAGCCCAGCACCCUCCAUCCCUGCAACAUCACCCACCACUGCUCCAAAGACCACCCCUACAAGCACUCUGAGGAGCCCACCCACCACCCAGCCAUCAGCAACCACAACUCCAGCCAACAAGCCCACAGACAAGCCAGAUGACCCUCUGCCUUCCCCCACCACGUCACCUAGUGCUCCUCAGAAGGUCAGCCCUUCGGCCAGCUCCAGGACCAUCCCUACGACAGCCCCCAGCACCGCCCAGCAGAAGACCACCCCCGCAGCCACCUCGGGAGGCUCGGUAGCCAAGCCUGCUGCAAGCCCCGUUCCCACCCAGGCGAGCAGCCCCCCAACCACCUCGAGGGGCUCGGUGGUUGCUGUCACAACAUCUCUGUGCAGCGUAGAUCAGGGAAGCUGCCCCUCGGGCCAGUUGGCCAGCACUGUUGGGAGCACUGGAGUCCCAGCAGCCAGCCUUCCACCCAGCGUCAAGGACCUCAGUGCCUCUGAUCCCCAAUCCAUCACUGACCAGCCUCGCUCUUCUCCUGCUUCUCCAGUCCAGAGGCUGGCCUCUUCUCCUCAGCCAGGGAGCACUGUCACCUCUGCUACCCCUUCGGCUGGGUCCGUGUCCCCUGCCCCUGGUAAAACACCUCCGUCUUUACCCACUGGCAGCACAGGCAAGGUCUCAAAUGCUGCCACCACACCGACUCCUCGAGCAGACCGCACAAGCCAAGGAUCUGUGCCAGACAAACCCGGACUUACUGAGCAGAGCCCCACCAGUGCCCAGCCAUCAGCACCAGCCCAGGGGGACCAGACGAUAAGCAGCAGGCCUGGCCAACAGCACCCUAAUAUUUCCUUCAAAAAUGAGAUCAUUUGUGACAACCAGAUCCAAGACACGUGGCCCAUCAUAAAUCUGAAAGAAGCUAAAACCUGUGCCGACUGGAGGGCUGCCAGCAGCAACGAGUCCUUCUUCGAGAUCUUCUGCUCCAUAGGGCGGCAGGCGUUCGACAUCCGCAGGGACAAGUGCACUGUGACGCUGGCCUCCUCCGCACCCCAGCGCUGGGCUGUGCACGCGGUGGUGCACCGCCUUUUAGACCCUGAAGCUGUCUUCGAGGAGCUGAAGGAGAAGAGGAAUGAGCUCGAGAAGCUGGGCAUCGUCAACGUCACCUACCUCAACCAGGAGAUGGAGGAGGAGGUGAAGGACCAGUACAGCACGCCCCUCAUCAUCACCAUCAUCACCCUGGCCUGCUCCCUGCUGCUCGUCGCGGCCAUCUACGGCUGCUGCCACCAGCGUUUCUCCCAAAAGAAGAACCAGCAGCACAUCCACCCUGAUCUCCCCGGGUUUGAUGAUGGACGUGCCAUCCUGAUCUUUAAUCAGCGCCUGACGGAGGAGCUGCAGACGAUGGAGAACGGCUACCAUGACAACCCCACGCUGGAGGUGAUGGAGACCUGCUCAGAAAUGCAGGAGAAGAAGGUGAACCUCAACGGCGAGCUGGGCGACAGCUGGAUCGUCCCUCUCGACACCAUCAUGAAGGAAGACCUGGAGGAAGAGGAGGACACGCAUUUAUAGGAUACGGAACUUGAUCCCGCAAGAAGCAACCCCCCAGAACCCCCAACUCCCCUAAAAAAAAAAAAGAAAAAAAAAAAAAAACACCAUAACCCCCCCCCCAUACACAUGCACAAUUCCGAAACAAGGCAAAAUUCCCAGAAAAAUCCCUCGUGAGCUCAUCACGGCCACCAGGUGGGGUGCAGGAUGGCAGAGGGAGGGCUGCAAGAAGACAGCUCCAUGGUCACCACAGCACUUGCAUUGGGACGAGCGGCUCCGUCACCCAUGGGUGCUCCUCGGGACCAACCCCACGGGACCCAAAGGGGUGAAGGGGAUGGCUUUGCUGCCCUGCUCUCCUCCAAGCAGGGAUGUCCGAGGUUUUUUUUCCCAGCAGGGAUGCUGCGUCCCCUGCCGUCCCCCAUCUGACCAUAGCCUCCAGCUACCGAGGGACCCCAAAAUAAAAAGAAA